AUGGACCUCAGCCCGCGACGUUGGGUGCCAUGGCUGCUGCUGGUGACCUUGGGGUUCGCUCGCUUACAUCGCGCACAGUCGCAGCUUCUCGACCCGUCACAAGCGGCGGUGCUGGAGGAGUGCCAGUCGGAGUGGAAGGUGCGGUUCAGGCAGUGGAGCAACGGCGGGGACUGCAGCAAGGCGGAGGCCAUUCAGUGCAACGACCAAGGCAUGAUCACCAGAAUGGCGCCUCAAGGCUACGUGCUGCAGGGGUCCCUGCCUGCUUCCAUCGGCAACCUCGUCUCCCUCUCCUACCUAGACUUCUAUGGAGCAAGGUUGAACGGGACCAUACCUGAUACCAUUGGCCAGCUCACAGCUCUCACACACCUCUUACUAUGGUUCAACGAUCUGAGCGGCACCAUCCCCUACACCAUCAGUGCACUCACCAACCUUCAGCAGCUAUGGCUGGGCAUGAACAAGCUCUCAGGCUCCAUCCCAGACGAGCUCAGCGCCCUCACUGCACUCACCUGGCUGGACCUAGGCAACAACCGCCUAUCAGGCCCUGUUCCUGAUUCCCUCGGUCUGCUCUCCAACCUGCUUCAACUCAACCUGGGCAACAAUCAGCUGACUGGCAGCAUACCUCCAUCGCUGGGACACUUGUCGGCCCUUGACAGCCUCAAUCUAGUUCACAACAAGUUCUCAGGGUCUCUUCCAGCCACCCUAGGCCAGCUCACCAACCUCACUCGCCUCUGGUUUGACAGGGACCGGGUGCAGUGUGCGGCAGGGGGGCCAUGUGAGGUGCCGCAGCUGUCCGUCUCUCGCUUCUGUGCUUCCUGCAGUGGCUUUUGUGCCUCUUGCACCAACGAAUCAGCGACUGGGCCGUCCAACUCAGCUGCUCCAACCACCACCACUACCACCAAGGCUUCGUCUGCUCGUCUCAAUCAACCCAGAUGCCUUCUGUCCCUCUUCCUCCUCCUGCUUCUAUUCGUCUCUCUAUUUAUCAACAAUUGA